AUGAUGCAGCAACAGCAACAGCAGCAGCAGCAGCAGCAAAGCGAGAGUAUGAACGUGACCUCGAGCAACGGCAGCAACGGGAGCAUGACAACGAGCCAGGCGUGCGCCGCUUGCAAGUUCCAGCGGCGAAAGUGCCCGGUGGACUGCCCGCUCGCGCCGUACUUCCCCGCCGAGGCCAACCAGAGAUUCCUGAGCUGCAAGAGACUGUUCGGCGUGAGCAACAUGCUGCGCUUCCUGCGGGACGCGGACCCGGCGGACAAGGAGGAGACGAUGAAGUCACUUAUCUACGAGGCGGAGGUGCGGGACAAGGACCCGGUUCACGGCUGCUACGGGAUCAUCUCGCAGCUGACGGAGCGGGUCAGGGGGCUGCAGCGGGAGCUGGAGCUCACCCGGAGCUUGGUUCACCAGCACCACCACCUGAACCAUCACCACCACCAGCAGCAGCCGUCGGCUUCGCUUCUCCAACCUGAAUUCGCACAGCCACUGCUCUCGUCAGUGUCAUCAAGCUGCAACAACACUCACCCCCUGGCAUUGCCGCUCUCGAGCACGGUGGCUGCUUACAGCAGGAGUAGCGGUGCUUCGUCCCUGGCCCUGGACGAUCCUUUUGACUUCGAAAGCAUAGACCACAAGUACAUACUAAGGCCAUAG